AUGUUUAUAUCUUUACAUGCUUUUUUUUUUAAUUUAGCCUUAAUCUUUCUUCGUCUUUCAAAACGAAUUCAUCAUAAUAAAUAUGUCAUGGUUUUUCCAGCAACAACAGUUAAUAAUCGUCAUACACAUAACAUAGAAGUACCAAUUCGUUCAUUUGUUCAUCAUCGUCAACAUAGUCCUGAACAUAGUGGAAUAAUAAAUAUUGAUAAAGAAUAUUGUGAUAAACUUCGAUUAUUAUUUGAUCUUUCUCGUAGAUAUCGUCAUAGAGUAUCAUAUUAUCAUCCAAUAAUGCCAAGUAUUGAUGAUAAUGAAUUAAAAAAUGAUAUUGUAAAUGGACCAUCAUCACCACAAACAGAACGCCAAUCAUCAAGUUCUGGAGUUUUUUCUUUAAGAAGAAAACGUGAAUCAUUAUCACCAUAUUCUGAUAGCCAUAUCAAUGAUAAUCCAAAAUCUUUUAUAUUAUUAGAUCCAAAAAAUAAAUUUCUUUUUCAUAAUGUUUCACAUGAAAUUCAACAACUUCAUCCAAGUUGGGAACAAGGACGAAUUAAAGAUCUUGCAUUUGAAUAUAUUUUAGCUACACAAGAUCAAUGUGAUUAUUUAAUUAGAUUAUUUACACGUCUUGCAAACUUCGAUCGAACACAAGCAUUAAUUGAUGAUGAUAUUGUGCCACAAUCAAAAAAAUACAAAUCACUUCUUACAGUAAUUGAAAAGUUAUAUUUAGCUAUGGAUGAACUUGGAUUUUCACCUACCAAUGAACUUCAACGAGUUUUACUUGAAUUAUCAUAUCGUGUUAUGCCAUUUGAUCGAUUUGUUGCUGCUAUUGAUCAAAAUAUUCUUACAUUAACAGAAGAAUUUGUUUCACGAGUUAUUCUUGAAUUAGAUGAUGAUCCAGAAUCAUAUACAAUUAAAGAACAACUUAUUUUUAUGUUACCAAAUAUUAAUUCGGAUUUACAUUCACGGUUAUUUGCUUUAAUAAAGAAUGAUCGUGCUAAACGAACGACUGCGCAAUUACUUGUCACUCGAAGUUUUUCGACAGAUAAUAGACAUAGAAGUGCAAUAUCAUCGUCUUAUGCACAUGCAACUUCACAUGAAAUUCAAGUUGAUGAAAUGAUGGAUAUGAAUAGCAAUCAAAAUGGUACUAAUACUCAUAGUAGACUUGUCGAACAAGCUGUAGUCACUUUCUUUCGUGAUUGUAAUCAACGGGGAAUAUUGGACGAAGAUGAAAUGAGUCAAGUUAAAACUGGACUCUUUUCCUUGGCUUCAUCAGCAUCAUAA